AUGGCAGCACGCAGAGCAUACUCCUCCCUCCCGGCCCCCCACACCGGUGCAGGCCCCUCCCUCAACGCCCGCUUCAUCCCCGCCGCCGACCUCCCCAAGCCCCUCUUCCGCCGCAUCGCCUCCCAGCUCGCCCACCUCCGUUCCCAGGGCAAAGACCCGGCGACCGUCUCUAUCCCCAACCCCUUCCUGCUCCACCGUGCGAGACAGAGGCAGGAUGUGUCGGCGCUGACGGGUCUCGAGAGGUUUUACUGGCGAAAGCCGCAAUUUUCCGCGAGGAGACAAAAGUUGCUGCUGCAGCAAUAUGACCCGUCCAUCCUCCCGCCUUCGCCGCUGAACCCCACGGCAGAGCCCAGACCGAUACAGUGGGAGGACGGCACGGUGAUUAACUGGCAGGGAGAAGUAUUGGAAAAGGCCGCCAAGCAGUCACCGUAUGACGGUAGAAAGGUCAUGUUCAAGGGGCAUAUCGAUGAGAGGAAUAAGCCGCAAAAGGUCGCAGACAGGCAGGAGAGGAUGAAGGGGAUGGACAAGAGGAUUGCCGCUUGGAGAAAGAGCAAGGCCGACGACAAGAUUAGAGCGAGGCCGUCAUUACCAUUCUAA